AUGGCCGCCAAUAAGAUUUUAAUAACUGCCGGAGUGAUUACCUUACUCCAGUCUAUCGGUCAGAUGAUAUACAGCUCGCUGGCUCUCAUCCAAUACUUCUGCAUCGUUGACUUCCUGAGGGAGAUCCCGAUGCUCAUCUAUGUCAAAAUAAUGUACUUUCACAAUCCGGGACCUUGUGGAAUUAGAAUUAACAUAGGUCAGGCAAUAGAUGGCAUCGCGAAUCAAGCUUUCGUGUUGAUAAACAACGAGCCUCUAACGGUAUACCGCACUUUUCUCAUCAACAGUGUGAACCUUGGUCUGAGUGUCUUCUGGAUUAUAGGCAGUCUAAUUGUGAUCAUGGGUGGAGCGAAGAACACCGCUGCGAAGAGCGUGAGGUGGCCUUGGGCGCUGGCAACCGUCGCAGCGAUCGGCGCCGACAUAGUCGCCGUAGUCAUCUAUAUCGACGACUCCUUCUACACGAGGACGUUAGCGGAUAUGAUGGAGCACAUAGGCGGCGUGGUGACAGGGUUGGCGGGCUCCAACCUAGACACCUCGUGGGUAGCCUGGGUGAUGGUGAUACUAUACUCGAGGUUCGUCGUGCUGUUCCUGGUCAACGUGCUGCUCCUCACUAUCGUGAUAGUAGACUGCAACGCUCCUAUACGCCCGAUAACCACCGGCACUCAAGUGGAAUCACCGGCGACCAACGACGCAUGCACUAGUGACAAAGAGAGCGAUGUAUUCAGCACCACGAGUGAGACGAGACUGUUCGCGAAACUGCCCAGGCCCAGUCUGAGCCGGUCCUUCCGUCGAAUGAAGGAGUUCUUAUUCAACCGGCCGGCCAUGCCGGUGCUUCGGUCUACCUCUAACGCGGAGUCCAAUAAAACGACACCAGAGCGUUCUCUGCGAGCUCAGCCCCCGGAGCCCGACAAGAAGCGCACUGUGAACUUUCCGGAGAAUCUACUGUCGUUGCCGCAGCGGCUGGAGAACCUUAUAGCGGAGCAGCAGAGGCGGCUCGACCACGCCGUCAUAGACACGGCGGGACGCAACAGUCCGCCUAGAGCGUCGCAAUCUAUGCCCCAACUGUCUUCAGAAGAUCACAGAGAUGCGAGGGGACGGCGUGGCACCGCCGCCGAGCUGCAAGGGCAGUUGCCAUGGGCUUACGUGCCAUCAUCAGCGCACCGCAUGCGUGACCAACUGCCGCCCGACGAGGACCUGCCGCCCGUGCCGCUACCCGACUACACCGCCAUACAACCCUUCAGAAAAGCCUCCGUCCACCGGGCAGCGUCCAGCCUGAGCUCUCUGCUCCAUAAGCGGGACGCGUUCGCCCAGUCCCGCCCAACAAUAACAGAGUCAGAUGUGUUAUAUUAA